GCCGCACCAGGACAGCCACACACUCUCAGCCACCUUUGGCCUCGCCACAACAACAGACAGUCGCAACGCCUCUCCCUUUGCACUCAAAAUGGUUGGCUCCAAGAGAUUUUUCGUGAUCGGCAACUGGAAGAUGAACGUUGACAAGGCGCGCAUCGACGGCAUUGUUAAGAUGAUGACCGCUGCUUCCCUCUCCAAACACACAGAGGUGGUGGUUGGGUGUCCGUCGUGCUACCUGGAGUACGCCCGCCAACAGCUGCCGCCCACCAUCGGCGUGGCGGCGCAGAACUGCUUCAAGGAGGCGAAAGGGAACUUCAGCGGCGAGAUCUCGCCAGCCAUGAUCCAGGACUGCGGGUGCGAGUGGGUGAUACUGGGCCAUCCCGAGAGGCGGACGUUGUUCCAGGAGUGUGACGAGUUGAUCGGCCAGAAGGUGGCCCACGCCCAGAAAGCAGGACUCAAGAUUGUGGCGUGUGUGUGCGAGACGAAGGCGGACCGCGAUGAGGGCCUCACACAGCAGGUUCUGGCUGCACAGAUGGAGUCCCUGGCGGCAUCCAUCUCCGACUGGUCCCGCGUGGUGGUGGCCUUCGAGGCGCUGUGGGCCAGCAACACGGGGGUGCUGGCCACGCCGGCCCAGGUGCAGGAGGCCAUGGCCAUGAUCCGGGAGUGGCUGCGGCAGAACGUGAGCAACGAUGUCGCCGACAGCACGCGCCUCAUCUACGCAGGAUCGGUGUCCUCUGGUAACUGUGAGGAGCUGGCGCGGCUGAGGGACGUGGACGGGUUCCUGGUCGGCAGCGCCGCGCUCAAGCCGGACAUCGUGGACAUCAUCAACGCUGGCGGUUCCCACGUGUCCAGGCUGAUCUCUUACUUCUCUGAUGGAGGCCGGGAGGCGAUCAGCGUCUGAGCGAGCCAGCUGUUGUUCUCAUAUAUUUAUUAUGCAGCCUUAUUUUGUUGUUACUAUAUAUUUAUAUGAUAGAUAUACUGUUAAUCCGCUCCAAAUACAAUUUUGUCGUGUACGAAAUUCACGGUGGCACGAUUGGGUAAAUUAUCCAGUCGUUUGCGAACACGACGGAAACUCGUCAUGGCAGGAAUCGGAUGGAUAGCUGCUAAAUGAUGUUUCAUAUGUGUUUAUCAUAUGAACGUAAAUAUAAUUUACUCUUGUUG